CAAACUUGUCAGCUCAUACCUUCAGACUCGGCCUUCACGGGUCACCAGCAACUGCGAGGAGCUGAGAGAGAGUGUGCGACGAUCAUCAGUGGAGGAACGAACUUCUGACGACUCAAUAACUACCAUGAAGUCGAUAUGCCUGCUCAUCUUGGCUUCCCUCGUGCUCUGCAACUUGGCGCUGUGUGGAGGACAAGGCCUCCCUGCUGAUGAUGACACGGACCGAAGAACCAUAGACGACAUCCUACUGCAGAGAGCGGAGAGUGUCCUGCUGCGCUCCAUUCUCAGGAAGAUGCAGGACGAAGACGACAGAGACGAAGAGUUUUCCUCUCAGCCAGAAUGGGUGACAAAACGACAGCAUCCUGGCAAACGGUACAGCGACAGUUUGGAGAAGCGGCAGCACCCGGGAAGGAGAGAGUUAGACUUAGAGGACGAUGAUGAGCAGUACUUGGAUGUUCAGAGGAGACAACACCCGGGAAAACGCGAAGAUGAAAUGCACUCGUUCACGGAGAUCCAGAAAAGGCAGCACCCGGGAAAGCGCUCCAUGGCGGCGCGCGUUUCUGGUGAGCCCCUUAUAGUCGUGAGUGAACUUUCGAAACGCCAGCACCCUGGCAAGCGCUUCCUGGUGCUGCAGACCAAACGCCAGCACCCAGGUAAGCGCCACAGCAGCGGGGACGAGGACGCGGAGGAUGGGGACUGGGAUGCGGGCGCGGAUGGAGACGAAGACCUCAUGGAGUUGGAAAAGCGUCAGCACCCAGGAAAGAGGCUUUGGGAUAACUCGAGUCCGGAUUUGGGCACGAACAGUCCGUGUGACGUUUUGGACCCUACGAGCUGCAGCAAAGCCAGUCUGCUGCUCGACUUUUUAGACAACAUUAACAAGAGCCACGCCGAGGAGAAGAGACAACACCCGGGCAAAAGGUUUGCACCGGAGGAGAAUUUAGUCAAAGACGGGGAGUAGAUUUAGUGAAAACAGCCUCUGGUGUGCGUGUACUACUGUAUUGUAAACAAUGUGUAAAUUAAGUAACCAUAGUGGAUUAUUAAAACUGAUAAAACUACAACAUUUAACCUUCUGUACCACUGUUGUUGUCCCUUUGGCAAACCGUUGCUGUAUCACCACUGCAAAACAUGAACCUGCUGUUAGUUUAUCACGAGAGUCUGUGCGUAAAAUGUCCUCCAAACUGACCUCAUCCAUGUAAAUAAGGUUCUCAUGAGACUGUGUUUUAAUUGUAUUAUUAUUUAUUAGCACCAUCCAGUAUUAUUCAGUUGAAACCAAGUCUAGGAUUAAAGGAUUAGUCUGCUGGCUUUUGCGAUGUCGCCUCUGUGAGGAGACACAUGCUUGUCAGUGAAUCCAGUGAAAGUGGCUGCGUUUACACUUGUGCAUAAAAAACCCUACUUCACUGA